GGACUACUUUGGUGUAUGGAGUCAUUGCUUAUCCAGAUGGGUUUUCCAUAGACAGUUUCUGUAUCAAGUAUGCAUAUGCUCCAGAUGAAGAAAAUAUAUAUUACAAAGGACUUGAUUAUGCGAAAUUGGAUAAUGACUUGCAGAAAGAAUAUCAAAGACGUUUAAAGAUCAUAGGGAUCACACCCAGCACCACUAACUUCUUACACGAGUACAUGGCUAACAGAGACAUGUACUCUUCAGAUUCAUCCAAUUCUCCUCCUCCUCCUACUACUACUACUACUACUAUUGAUCAGAUUACUCCUGAAUCCCUCUUAACAACGUUUUUGAAUGAUGAAGGGAUUCCUGCGGACCCUGCAAUUGAACAAUAUCGACGAAGAGGACAUCCACUUGUCAGUGCUGAGGAGAUCCGCAAUAGCGGAAAGCAUCCCAAGGACUUCAUUUGGAUUCCGUAUCCAUAUCAUCGUAGUGAGAAGCUAUUGUGGAUUGAAGUUCCUAGCAAGGGUCACUAUGCUACUGAAAGUGAAAUUGAAGAAUACUGUAUUGAAGAUUUCGGCGGGGAAGAUUUCCUUGAUGGGGAAGCUUACGAAGCGAAUCCUUAUAGAUGUUUGCCUCGCAAAGCAUUGGGGGACCCCCCUGUUAUAUCCGAAGAGAUGGAUAAGAUAUUGUAUCCUGAUUUGAAACAUGCAAAUGAUCCUGAAAAAGGUUGUAAUGUUCCCCUACGACAAUACUUUGAUGAGAUGAAUAAGAUAAAGUAUCAUCCUGAUCGAGAUCCUGAUGUUGUUAUAUUUGCAUGUGAUAUAAAUCGCGAAGUAUAUUAAGCAUAUUGUACAUAAAUUUGAGAUUGGAUCAUCGUUUCUGCUCUUUUAUUUUGUUCAAGAUCUUGUUUCACUCUUA